AUGAGCACUACUAUGGCGACCGUGAUAGAAGCUGUCCAGUUACAGACUAUCUCCAAGGCCAAUUUCCAAGAACCUUCUGUUCGCACUCCAAGGCCGUCUGCGGACUCAGUGCGAACACUUGGUGCGGGUCGGACUGGCGGAAUUUUUGAAUCAGAGUUCUCGAGUUUAUCUGCAUCGAAGACGCCCAACCUACACAUCUUUCUCGCCAUCUUUACACCUUCAUUUGUAGGCUUUCUCUCCAGCUUCACAAACGGGGUCAUUACAAUCGGUCUUCCAGAGAUUGCACGCUCGCUUUCCCUUGAUCGCUCUCUGUACCUUUGGCCAUCUUCUGUUUACGGCCUGACGUCUGGGGCCUGUCUCCUAAUCGCUGGAUCUAUCGCCGACAUUGUCGGUGCACGGCCUGUUGAAUUACUCGGCAUCACGUUGAUUGGCGCCUUUACACUGGCUUGCGGAUUCUCAACUACGGGCGAGCAGCUUGUCGUCUUCCGCGCUCUUCAAGGAGUCGCGCUGGCCAUGCACCUCCCAGCCUCUGUAGCGUUAAUCUCAGGAGCUGUGCCGUCAGGACGAGCAAGGAAUCUUGGCUUCGCAUGUCUAGGCUUCAGUCAACCGCUCGGCUUCGCUGUGGGUCUGGUCAUCAGCGGAAUCUUGAUCGAGAAAGCUGGUUGGCGAUCUGGUUUCUACCUGUCCGGGGGCGCCUUGCUGGCCACGGCUAUCGCAGCUGUGUGGAGCUUGCCAAAGCUGAAGACAGGUGCACACGACGGAGUGAUCACACUGGCGAAGAAGGUUGGCAAAGAGGUUGAUUGGGUUGGAGGUAUGAUCUCGGGCGGUGGCCUGGCUAUCCUGGCCUAUGUCCUUGCUAUCCUCAGCGCAGACCUCGCCACCAUCCGGUCAGCAGAAACCGCGACUUUGCUCGCACUCAGCAUCGUCCUCCUCCUCGCCUUUCCAGCAUGGAUGUACUACCGCGAACGCGUGAACAAACCCGCUCUCGUGCCCAACAAGCUCUGGAGAAACAUACCCUUCACAUCGACAUGCAUCAUGGUGGCCCUCUCUUAUGGCGUGAUGAAUAGCAUCGAAACCUUCUCAUCGCUCUACUUCCAAGAGAUCCAACAAGCCACCCCACUGACAACAUCCCUCUACCUCCUCCCCAACCUCGCCACCGGCGUACUGCUGAACGUCCUGGUCGGCACCUUCGUCCACAAGAUACCGGCGCUCUAUCUAGUCUCCAUCUCUGCCGUCAUAUGCUCCAUCUCGCCUCUCCUCAUGGCCGUCAUGGAUCCAAGCUGGAACUAUUUCUACCUCGCCUUCUGGGCCCAGGUCUGCGCCCCGUUCAGUGCCGACGUACUCUUCACCGUCGGCUUGAUCAUCGUGAGUGACAAUUUUCUCGAAAGGGACCAGGCACUAGCGGGUGCUGUCUUCAACAUGGUCGCGCAGUUCGGGAUGAGUUUGGGCAUGGGAAGCUGUCAAGUUGUUGCGCUGGGGGUGAUUGGAAGUGACAAGAGCAGCAAUGAUGGCGGAAGUGGACAUGGUGAUUCGUCCACACACGAUCCAAGGGAGCUGUUGAAAGGGUACCGUGCAAGCUUUUGGACAAUGUUUGGGUACAUGUUGUGCUGUGUGUGCAUCGCGAUCGUAGGGUUGAGGAAGGCUGGGAAGGUGGGGUUGAAGAAGGACUGA